CACUGCAGACAUGGGAAAAGGACUCGAUGUGUGUGAGAAAUGAUCAGUUGAAUCGCUAAAGGACAUUGAAUAAGUUCUUUAAGGCGCGCUGAAAUGCCCGCGUGACGCUAUAGCACGAACACAGAGACGUCAUUCGUAGUUAAAAGACUUUUCUUGUCGUCCGUGAUCGGGACAGGACAGCAGGUUGAGAUGUUAUCAGAAGAGCAAACGAGCAACAUGAAGAAAACGUGACUGGAGCCUUUGGACUGUAUCGAUGAGGAGUGUUGUGGAGUUGUCAUUGAGUGUCCUUUUUCACACAGUGUUUGUGAGGGGGUGAUGAUGGUGAUGAUGAUGUUGGAGGACGAACAUCAUUUCUACCUUUUAGAGUAAUGCUUUGAGGGAAUCUUCUCUAUUUAUCUGAGGAUAUAUACCCGCUUGUUUCCUAGUUUAUAUGCUGGUAUAUAGCCUACACACACACACACACACACGUCUGUAUUUCCUGGUUUUCUCUUCACCUGGAAAGGGUGUUUUAAGUGCUUUUUUCCAAGAGUCCAGGAAGUAGGAAACCAAAGCCUUUAAGAUUUAAGUCAAUCCGAAGUCAGAAAAUGAUCCAGGAACUAUCUAGUAGGUUAAAAAGGAACUUCGCCAUAGAGCUAGUUAAAGCAUCGACAGACCUGGUCAGAUAAUAUCGUGUUAUUCGUGUAUCUGGAGGAGCGUGAUUCCUCUCAUCUUCUGAAACGCACAACUAUCAUGGAGAUGAAGAUGUUCAUCGUUGUCUUGGGGCUCCUGGUGGGCAGUUUGAUGCCCAUCGGAGGGGCCGCCAGCUCUCCAGACACGGGCACCGGUCACGGGAUAUCCCACACGGGAGAUCACGGGCCCCCGAAUCACGGAGGCGAGGGAAAUCACUCCAGUUACAUCAAGAAGCCCUUCCCGGUUCUGGCUUUUGAUUAUGAACACGUCCGGCUGCCCUUUGAGAUCUCAUUAUGGGUGCUACUGGCUUCCUUGAUGAAAUUGGGGUUCCACCUGAUCCCUAGUUUGCCCUCUAUCGUCCCGGAGAGCUGUCUGCUGAUCGUGGUGGGUCUGCUGGUCGGUGGUCUUAUGAAGGUGGUCGGCGAGGUUCCUCCGGCGCUGGAAUCCAAUAUAUUCUUCCUCUACCUGCUGCCUCCCAUCAUCCUCGAUGCGGGAUAUUUCCUGCCCAUACGACCCUUCACUGAGAACCUGGGCACCAUUCUCAUGUUUGCGGUGGUGGGGACCCUCUGGAAUGCGUUUUUCGUGGGUGGUCUGCUGUACGGCGUGUGCCAGCUGGAGGGCGCUGAGCUGGAGCGUGUGGACCUCCUGUCGUGUCUGCUGUUCGGGACCAUCAUCUCAGCCGUAGACCCUGUAGCCGUGCUGGCUGUGUUUGAGGAGAUCCACAUUAAUGAGCUGCUCCACAUCCUGGUGUUCGGAGAGUCUUUACUUAAUGAUGCCGUCACUGUGGUGCUGUAUCAUCUGUUUGAGGAGUACUCCAGUGUGGGUACGAUCACUGUCACCGAUGUGUUCCUGGGUGUCGUGUGUUUCCUGGUGGUGUCGUUGGGUGGUAUCGUGGUGGGCGCCAUCUACGGCAUCCUGGCGGCCUUCACGUCACGCUUCACCUCACACACCCGUGUCAUCGAGCCCCUGUUUGUCUUCGUCUACAGCUACAUGGCUUACCUGUCCGCGGAGGUCUUCCAUCUGUCCGGCAUCAUGGCGCUAAUCGCAUGUGGUGCCGUCACGCGUCCCUACGUGGAGGCCAACAUAUCCCAUAAAUCCCACACCACCAUCAAGUACUUCCUGAAGAUGUGGAGCAGCGUGAGCGACACGCUCAUCUUUAUCUUCUUGGGAGUGUCGACAGUGGCCGGGCCGCACCGCUGGAACUGGACCUUCGUCAUCAUGACUGUCAUUCUCUCACUGGUGGCUCGUGUUCUGGGUGUAAUUGGCUUGACCUUCGUGAUCAACAAGUUCCGUAUUGUGAAACUCACCACUAAGGACCAGUUUAUUGUAGCUUACGGUGGACUGAGAGGAGCGAUCGCCUUCUCCCUGGUCUAUCUGCUCAACCCUGUGCACUUCCCCAUGAGGAACAUGUUCCUCACCGCCAUCAUCACGGUCAUCUUCUUCACUGUAUUUGUGCAGGGUAUGACCAUUCGACCUCUGGUGGACCUCCUGGCCGUGAAGAAGAAACAGGAAACAAAGCGAUCUAUCAAUGAGGAGAUUCACACACAGUUUUUGGACCAUCUGCUAACUGGCAUUGAGGAUAUCUGCGGACAUUAUGGACAUCAUCACUGGAAAGACAAACUGAACCGGUUCAAUAAGAAGUACAUAAAGAAGUGCCUGAUAGCGGGUGAGCGCUCCAAAGAACCUCAGCUGAUCGCCUUCUACCACAAGAUGGAGAUGAAGCAGGCCAUCGAGCUGGUGGAGAGCGGAGGAGGAUCCAAGCUGCCUUCUGCCAUGCCCUCCACCAUCUCCAUGCAGAACAUCCAGCCCAAGAAGACUCCUCAGGACAGAGCUCUGCCACAGCUCUCCAAGUCCCGUGAGGAAGAGAUCCGGAAGAUCCUGCGCACAAACCUGCAGAGGACCCGCCAGAGACUGCGCUCGUACAACAGGCACACACUGGUGGCUGAUCCGUUUGAGGACGGCUGGAACGACCUCAUCAAACGCAAGAAACUGAUAGAUAUGGAAAAGAAGAUACUGAUGAACAAUCACCUGACCGUUCCAGCUCCGCCUCCUGAUUCCCCGAACAUUGCUCGAGCUCGACUGUCUUCAGACCCUCAAGCGUGGGGCAUCAAGGCUGUCACAGAAAGCAUCCCCACCAUUAAAGUGGACCUGGCCUCGCCUCAGAGCCCGGAGCCCGUCAACAUGCGGGACGAGUUCGGCAGCCAAGCAAGCCAGCCGAAGGAGAGCCAGGAGGAGGGCGGCCUGAUGAUGAAGCCACCCUCUCCUGCGAAGGAGAGAAAGGACAAAAUGGCGUACGAGGAUGAUGAUAAGGAGCCUCAGCGCCUCAUGCGCUGUCUGAGCGACCCGGGGCCCGCUGGCGAUGAGGAAGACGAGGACGAACCCUUCCUCCCCUGAGAGCUCUUAGACAUGGAGGACAGAUUUAUAUUCUAUAGGAAGCCGAAACGAGAGAAACGUCAGGAAAACCAAACUGUUGAUGAACCAAAAUAAAGAAAAUGAAAGGGAGCGAUCAAAAAUA